GAAGACUGAAGAAAAGAGCACUUAAGCGAAGUGUGAAGAACUGAAGAACAAUGAAUUCCUUAUUCGGAGGUCUCCUGUACCUCUUCUCCAUCCUGAUCUUGGAGGUCCAUGGAACUUACAAUUUGUACGGAUAUCAACCACAGCGAUACAUGCAAAGACCUGUUGCGCGACCACCCUUCAAUCAACGUUUACAGCCGAUUCAAAACACGCUCAAUCCAGGAGCAGGGACACACUGCAAAAGCCGUCCCCUGGACCUGGUCUUCAUAAUCGACAGCUCCCGGAGCGUGCGCCCCGGCGAAUUCGAGAAGGUCAAGACCUUCCUGUCCGACAUGGUCGACACACUGGAGAUCGGACAGGACGCCACCCGUGUGGCCGUGGUGAACUACGCCAGCACGGUGAAGAUCGAGUUCCUGCUCAAGACCUACUUCAACAAGGUGGACUUGAAGCAGGCCCUGUCGCGCAUCGAGCCGCUCUCCUCGGGCACCAUGACCGGCCUGGCUAUCAAGACGGCCAUGGAGGAGGCUUUCACUGAGGAUUCCGGCGCCAGGCCGCGCAGCAAGAACAUCUCCAAGGUGGCCAUCAUUGUGACGGACGGGCGGCCGCAGGACAAGGUGGAGGAGGUGUCCGCCGCAGCCCGGGCGGAGGGGAUCGAAAUCUACGCCAUCGGGGUGGACCGGGCAGAUAUGCAGUCCCUCCGCCUCAUGGCCAGCCUCCCGUUGGACGAACACGUCUUCUACGUGGAGACCUAUGGCGUCAUCGAAAAGCUCACCUCCAAGUUCCGAGAGACCCUGUGUGGUCUGGACCCAUGCUCCCUUGGCCAUGACUGUGACCACAUUUGCGUCAACAGCAACGCCUCAUAUUACUGCAAGUGUCGGGAGGGCUAUGUCUUGAACGAAGACAAGAAAACAUGUUCACUUGAAGUGAAAGCAGAGGUGGUUGAAGACCCUUGCAAGUGUGAGGCACAGGUAGCCUUCCAGAAGAAGAUGCAGUCCACCGUUGAGGAUCUGACCAAGAAAAAUAUCCUUUCAUUUCUCAGUGAAAGCAGCCCAUUACCUCUAGUCGCUUUGUUAGACCACUGUUCCAGAGCUAUUUUUGACUAG